CCGGAUGCAGGUCAAACAGGUAGACAGCGCCGGGAUCAUCCAGACGUUUGACAGACAUACGUGGAAGUAACGUGUGCGAGCGUGUAUCGAAAUUGCGACCGCCUCGGCCUCGGGCCAGCGGUGACGGACCGGAAGUCCGAGCUCGGUUCCGAGUGUGGACAUACCAGUGGUUGGUUUCCCGCGGCAACCCCUGCCUGACAGGCCUCAACAUCGCGUCGCACCCAUCAGCAGCAGCCUUCGGACGUUCGUCCCGCACGUUCCCAGAUGGCAAUCCGAGUGACGAAGAAAUGUUGCCUGCUGUCGACGCUCGGUGUGCUGGUCCUGGCCGCGGCCCUGACCGUGACCCUCGUGCUGGUGCUGCGGGACGACGCGGACCUCAGUGAAACGUAUCGCUUCACGGCCAGUCCGGUCGAGCUGCGGCUGCAGGAGCAACCCGAUCACCGAUACGUGCUGACCAUCCGCCGAGGUGACGAAACAUUGCAGAGGAUCACCUUCGAUCACGACUUCACGGACGACUCGGACAUCGAGCCGUUCCCCAAAGGGCUCCGCCUAUACGGCAACGGGCAGGAUGUGGAAAUUCGAGAGCUGGAGGACAGCGCCGGGUUUUCGUACCUUAGCAUCAGCCGCACCCUGCGCAAAGGGCAGAUCGGUAGCGACGUUCUACAGCUGCAGGGCGCGGUCGGUGGUGAUUCAGCGCUACACUGGUAUGGUGGCCCCGAGCAGAUGGAGCAGUAUUAUCCGAUCGAGCAGUUGCGCUUCGAUGACUACGCGUACAUCACCAAAGAGCUACACAGUGCGGCCAUCGUCGAGCGGUACUGGCUCAGCACGGCCGGGGUGUUCUGCUACGUCGAUAAGGAGGUGCCUCUGUUUAUCGACCAGGACGAGGAUGAGCUGCGGUUGACGGCGAAGAAAGAGCUACCGUACUACACGUACGACGACGAGUUUGUGUUCAAGUACCGCAUCGGCAUCGCAGCGGAUGCCCGGGAAGCGCACAAGCGGGCCGUCGAACGGUUGCUCAACCAACCGGUGGACAUCCCCGACGAACGGAUGGUCAGGCACCCGAUUUGGUCGACGUGGGUGCGCUACCGGCGCCCGAUCAGCCAGCAGACGGUGAUCGAGUUCGCACGGGAGAUCAAUGCGUACGGCUUCAAAAACGCACAGCUGGACAUCGACGAUCUGUGGGAGGUUUGCUAUGGGUCUAUGACGUUCAACACGAUCACCUUUCCGAACGUGACGGAAAUGGCGGAAACACUGCACGAGAUGGGCUUCCGGGUCACACUCUGGGUGCACCCGUUCAUCAACAAAAACUGCGAUCCCUGGUACACAGAGGCCCUCAGCAAGGGGUACCUGGUGAAGUCACAUAACGAAACCAUCAGCUACAACACCAAAUGGUGGAACAGCGGAGAGAACGAAGCGUCGUACAUAAACUUCAACAAUCCGGACGCGGUCGAGUGGUACCGGCGUCGGCUGGGCGAACUGCAAGAGCUUGGCAUCGACAACUUCAAGUUCGACGCCGGCGAAACGAGCUGGGCACCGGACGAUCCGGACAUCGGGGGAGACAAAGCGCUGCUGCCCUCGAGCCAGACGAUCAAUUUUGUCCGGAUGUGUGCCGCUUUCGGUGGCAUGAUUGAGGUCCGCACGGGCUGGGGAACCCAGGAUCUUCCGGUGUUUGUCCGGAUGCUCGAUUUCGACACACGAUGGGGUUGGAACAAUGGUCUCCGCUCGUUGGUGCCGACCCUGCUGCAGAUGAACCUGAACGGUUACCCGUUCGUGUUGCCCGAUAUGAUCGGUGGCAACGUGUACGGCGACGACAUACUGACAAAGGAGCUGUUCAUUCGCUGGCUGCAGGCGAGCGUCUUCAUGCCAAGCCUGCAGUUCUCCAAGACGCCGUGGGAUAUCGAUGAGGAGAGUAUCACGCUGGCGAAGAAGUUUACCGAGCUACACGAAACGUACUCGGACUACAUUAUUCAGCGGAUGCGGUUGGCCGUUACACUGGGCACUCCGGUGAACCUACCCCUCUGGUGGUUGGAUCCUGCCGACAGAAUUGCCCAAAUCGUUAACGACCAGUUCCUUCUCGGGGAAGACAUCAUUGUCGCACCCGUGCUGAUUGAGUUUGCUACCAGGCGAGACGUGUACCUACCGAAAGGAACGUGGCGUGAUGGUAAUACGGGCCGCAUGCACGAGGGUGGCCGAUGGAUCUACAACUACACGGCACCAAUGGAUACGCUGCCGUACUUUGUUUCCGCAACGUUCCAAGCGAUCUAGAAUCGAACGGUAGGAUCCUCCUAUCCUGCUUAAAGCUUCCCACCACGAACGGAGUGCUUUCGGGGCGAACGAACAAUAGUGAUCUGUAUAUUUACUUAUCUACUCCCUGGAGGGGAACACAAAAUAAAACGAUCGAACCUUUC